UUGCCCUUCCCGAAAUCCCUCCUCCUGAGCCGCGCCAGUUCUGCCGCUCCGCCGACGAGAAAUGCCGCUCGCCGCCGCCCAGAUCGACCACCUCCGCGCCCUCGUCGCCCGCCGCGCGCGGCACCUCGCCCGCGUCCGCACCUACCAGCUGACCUGCCUCCCUCCGCCUCGUUGUCCGGCUCCCCGACAGCGACGAGGACGACGAUUACUAUCCGGAGCUCCGCUGCUACGACGAGGAGCACCACUAUGAGGACGGGCAGGAGGGGAGCGAGGAGGGUGUCGUGGCGUGGAUCUGGAGCGCCGGAUCUGCCUCCUCGACAACGAACGAGCUAGGGAUGUAGGUCAAUCGUCCCUGGAGGAAGAGAAUGCUCCCACCUGUAUGCAGAUGAGGCAUUAUUGCUGGACUUGGCCGGGCAGGAAACAAGCGGAUUUUGUGCUGACAAGGAGUUACAUGAGGAGACUCUGAAAAAAAUGCAGACGAGGCCUUGCUGGACUCGCCAAGGCUUUCUCCAAGGCCGUGUAGGUUAAGGAAAGGAGGGCAGGUUUGUAGGGGGUUAACAAGCAAGAGAAGUUAGUCAAAGUCAGGCUUCAGUUAAGACUGAUCUAGAACCGGUUGAACAAUGCCAACAGUGCAUAGUUGUAUGUCAUCUAGGGCUGUCUCAAUUUCAUAUCACCCGGAGUUGUCUAAUGUCUCUGAAUAUGCUGAUCUCCGGAGGCUGAGUCGCGGGAGGUGCCCAACAAGAACGCGCGUGACUGUCGAGUUGGAGCCAUGAGGGAGGAGAAAGGGGAUCGACUGUCCAAGCAUUGCGGCUCACGCAUGACCCCUGUGGCGGGGCGGGGUUCUUCUUUCCGGCCAUUGUCGAUGCAGAGCAAUGGGAGAACGCCGCCACUGUUCUCCCCCAGGAGUGGCCGUGGGAUGCCACCACCUGUUGUUUAUUCCCGGAAACAGGGGGCUAGCGCCGAUGGCGGGCCUUCUGCCGUACAGAGAGACGGCGGCGGCAACCACCUUCCCAGCGGCACUGACGUUGGCCAUGGCCAACCAGUGAGCGAGAGGCCGCUUCAGAUCGUUCCUGCUAACACCAGAGCUGGGAAGGGCAAGAACGUGCCACCGGCCGGUGGCAACGGCGGCACUGCCGUGCCUGUAAAUGGCCGCGUACGGAAGACACGCGCGCCCAAGGGGAGCAGCACUCUAGCGGAAUCCAGGAAGGUGCCCGGCAAGAAAUCUGACGCUGGGGAACCGGCGAGCAUGCACCAUGGCGCCCAAGGCAACGACCAGCUGAAGACUGUCUCGGCUCCAAGCAACAGCAGGAAGAAGAAGAGCACGGCCUCUGCCUCGGUCGUGCCAUCGAGCCGGAGGCCUAGCAGGAAUAACAGUAGCACGUCCGGCACCGCGGCGGCCGGAGCCAAGAAGCACACCAUCCUGACAUGGCUGAUCGACUCCGGUGUGCUCAGAGAGAACGAGAAGGUCUCGUACGUGGACAGCACCAGCUUCGCCGCGAAGGCCUCUGGCGCGGUGACUAGGGCCGGCAUCCAGUGCACCUGCUGCAACACCGCGAUGGCGCCCCCGACCUUCUCGUCCCACGCCGGCUCCGAGGACUCGGCACUGUGGGAGAGGCUCCUGCUAAAGUCCGGCAAGUCGUUGCUGGAGUGCGUGCGGGAGGCGUGGCAGGGGGAGGACCUGAGGACCUUACACGCCAAGCAGAAGGCACGGGCUGCGCUGGAGAAAGAACGGGAGAGGAGCACACAGGAGAAGAAGCAUGCUCUGCUGCUCGCCAAGCAGAGCAGGAAGGAACGAGCCCUCCCCCUCGACGGGACCAACUAUGGCGGGGACGACGACCGGAGCGACGACGCAUGCGGUGUGUGCGCAGACGGCGGACAGCUGCUGUGCUGCGACAGCUGCCCAUCCACCUUCCACCCGGAGUGCCUUGCCGUGCAGGUCCCUGAGGACUCCUGGGUCUGCCACUACUGCCGCUGCUUCCUGUGCUCCGCCGAUGAUGAUGGCCAUUGCGGCCUCUCCAAGUGCAACCAGUGCACCCGCAAGUAUCACCACCACUGCCGCGCGUCCCUGUUGGACGGGCACGAGAUCGCCCCCUACUGCAGCAAAGCCUGCAACAAGAUAGCAGUGAAUCUGUCAAACAUGGUGGGAGCCACGACCAGCAUCGGCGAGGAAGGCCACUCAUGGUCCCUGUUAAAGAUCCAGCGGGGCUCCAUGACGUCAGACUCCGCCGCCCUGCUGGAGUGCAAUGCGAAGCUGGCAGUGGCGUUUGGCGUGCUGGAUGAGUGCUUCAACCCUGUGAAGGACCGGCUGACCGGCAUUGACAUGAUUCGCCAGGCCGUCUACAGCCUCGAAUCGGACUUCAAGCGGCUGAGCUAUGAAGGUUUCUACACCAUAGUUCUGCAGAAGGACACGGAGAUCAUAUCGGUAGCCUUGCUCAGGUUCCAUGGCGCCAAGCUGGCGGAGAUGCCGUUCGCGUGCACACUGCCGCAGUACCAUAGACAAGGGAUGAUGCGCCACCUCGUCAAUGCCAUCGACAAGGUGCUAGAAUCGGUGCAGGUGGAGAAUUUGGUGAUCUCGGCGGUGGCCGAGGUAGAGGACACAUGGAAGAAGCUUGGCUUCGUUACCGUAGAGCCGCAGCUGAGAGAUGAGGCCAAGAGGCUCAGCAUGGUCACCAUUCCCGGCACCAUCCUACUCCAGAAGCCCACCGCCAAGCAGGACGUGUUGCGGAUAACCGAGGACGAGCAGGCGUUCCUGGAGAUGAGCUGGCCGCGCUGCAGCUUCGUCGACCUCUUGACUGGGAUCGCGUUCCCAUGGCCGCCAUAUGCUGACCCCGUGGCCGCUGCGGUGAGGGGAGCGGGCGGCGGCGGUGGCGAGGCGUAACUACGCCGUGGCCUCAUGCAGCACCUCGCCGUGAACAAAUGAUCAUGACUCCAUUUUUCUGAAGAAUUUGUUGUGUUUCUUUAUUUGACAAUUGAAGUUAGUUUACAUACCGUUUGUUUUAAAAAGUCAGAAGAAUGGACCGAUAACUUUGAAGUUUUAACAUUUGGAGUUUAUUUACAUAUCUUAGACAUGGUUCGGGAAUAUUUGAGCUUAUGUUUAUGUUAUCAUGAGAUCUAUAAGUUUUUGGAUGACAAGGAAUCGUAUAUUUCUGUUGUUGA